UGUAGCAAUAGCACAUCAGAUUAGUUUCAACAAACCAAUCAAGUUCCAACCAUGGCAUCUACACUCAAAUUCAUCUCACUACUAAUUUCUACAUUCGCCAUAAUUCAAAUGGCAUUGGCUGACCCGGAUAUUAUUUCGGAUUUCAUUAAACCUACUCCAAAUGCAACAGUAAAUGCAAACUACUUCACAUUCACCGGCAUGCGUGCUCUUGUUGGAGGAACCCCUCCCACAACCUUCACCGUAUUGAAGGCAACCUUGGCAGAGUUCCCUGCUCUUUUCGGGCAGAGUGUUUCAUAUGCUGUCCUUCAAUUCCCAUCUGGUACAGUUAACCCACUACACACUCAUCCUCGCUCUGCUGAGCUCCUCUUCCUCGUUGAUGGCACCCUUGAAGUGGGCUUUGUCGACACAAAGAACAACCUCUUUACUCAAACUAUUCAAGCCGGUGACCUGUUUGUGUUUCCCAAGGGACUUGUGCACUACCAGUACAAUGCUGAUGCACAAAACCCGGCUCUAGCCAUUUCGGCCUUUGGAAGCGCCAGUGCUGGAACUGUAUCAGUUCCUCCCACUUUGUUCACCACUAAUAUUGAUGAUAAUGUCCUUGCUUUGUCACUGAAGACUGAUGUAGCCACCGUUCGGAAACUCAAAGCUGGACUUGCUCCGAAGCCAUGAAGAUAGAAUCACAAAAUUGAUUCUUCAUUGUUUUGUUGUUUUUGAUGUUGCUUUGAAUAAUUAAGCAUUAUGUGUCGAUUUUUGAAAGGGUAAGCCACCUACCUGCAUUCCACUGUUUGUAUUCAUUUAUUGUCAAUAAUAUACAAACAGAUUCCUCUAA